GGGGAUCCGCCCGCGCGGCCGCCGCACGAGAGCUCGGCCCGGCCUGAGCAUGAGGGAAGGGUCGGCGCUGCCCGGCGCCCCCGGCGCCGCCCCGGUGCCCGGCUUCCUGGCCAAGCUGUGGGCCCUGGUGGAGGAUCCGCAGAGCGACGACGUCAUCUGCUGGAGCCGGAAUGGCGAGAACUUCUGCAUCCUGGAUGAGCAGCGGUUUGCCAAGGAGCUGCUCCCCAAGUACUUCAAACACAACAACAUCUCCAGCUUCAUCCGACAGCUCAACAUGUAUGGUUUCAGGAAGGUGGUUGCUUUGGAGAAUGGUAUGAUUACAGCAGAGAAAAACUCAGUCAUUGAGUUCCAGCACCCUUUCUUCAAGCAAGGAAAUGCACAUUUAUUGGAAAACAUCAAACGCAAGGUGUCUGCAGUAAGAACUGAGGAUCUCAAGGUCUGUGCAGAGGACUUACACAAAGUACUCUCUGAAGUCCAGGAAAUGAGAGAGCAGCAGAACAACAUGGAUAUCAGACUGGCUAACAUGAAGAGAGAAAAUAAGGCCCUGUGGAAAGAAGUGGCAGUUCUAAGGCAGAAGCACAGUCAACAACAGAAGCUGCUGUCUAAGAUUCUUCAGUUUAUACUAAGUUUGAUGCGAGGAAAUUAUAUUGUUGGGGUCAAAAGGAAAAGGUCUCUGACAGAUGCUGCAGGUGCUUCACCUUCCAAGUACAGCCGUCAGUAUGUCCGCAUACCUGUGGAGAGUGGCCAAGCAAUGGCUUUUUCUGAACAUAAUUCAGAUGAUGAGGAUGGAAAUCGUACAGGUCUCAUCAUCCGAGACAUCACUGAUACCCUGGAAAAUGCCACCAAUGGUCUCCUUGCUGUAGCACACACAAGUGGCAGAGACAGAGAGACGCAGACAGCUCUGGAUCCUGGCUUACCUAUUUGUCAAGUAUCACAGCCCAAUGAGUUAAGCUGUGCAGAACCUAUCCCUCCAGUUCAUAUAAAUGAUGUCAGCAAGCCCAAUGAAAUGGGAAAUGUUGCUGUAGAACUGCACACUGCGCAAGCUAAUGCUCCAGAAGACCCCGUGUCAGUGAUUGACUCCAUCUUGAAUGAGAAUAACUCUGGAAACCAAAAUGAUCCUUUACUGGACAGAGAAGAAAUUCAGGAUUUUCUUAAUUGCAUUGAUGCCAGCCUCGAAGAGCUUCAAGCAAUGUUAUCUGGGAAGCAGUAUAGCUUUGGUUCUGAAGCUUUCAGCGAUGUGUUUAACCCUGAACUGCCAGCCCUGGAUAUGAACUUGAUGGAAACUUCCCCUGGUAUGGAAAAUAUCGCAAACAUGGAAGACAGCACCGAAGAUCUGGGAGCAAGUGAGAGAGAAACAGCAGGAAGCAAAGAGUGCCACAAUAAGAAGAAGAAAUGCAAAUGCCAUUGUGGAAGUAUCUCCUACGUGGGCUACAACCCACAUAAAUGCAGUGCAACUCACUUUACUACUUCAGUGAUGCCAGUGCAUGCAGUGUGUGUAGGGACUUGAAGUGUGUUUCAGACAUUGAUCUUAAAAGACACAGGAGCCUUAGCUGCAGGCAUAGUCUCCUGCAGCUGUUGGUGUAAUCUGUCCGAGCUCAGCUGUGUGCUUUUCUUUAGCGAACCAAGUUUUGAAGCAGCCUCUCCAGUUUUCCUUGCCUUGAGUAAGAGACUUCACUUAUGUAUUGUUGGAGCCUGGAGUUUAAAAUGUUUGUUUUCCCUCAGAUAUGCAGCUGAUACAGUACAGGGCCAAUCCUCUGCUUUCGUUGUUUGAAGAGCUGCCUUCUGGUGAAGCUGGUGGGAAGACAGAGGAUCCAAAAGACCUCCUCCUGGCUCCCCUGGAGGAGAAACCCGCUCUCCAUCCUCCUUCAGGUAGUGAAACAGUCUUGCCACUGGCAGUUCCAGCAAACCAGGCUGAGCCCCCAGUGGACGCUCUGGGAAUGGGUGAUCCACCUCUCCUCUCGGAAGAUGGAAAUGGAGAGUAUAAGCUGUUCCCACUCCUGCUCCUCAGUCCUGUUGCCAACUUCAUAGAAGAAGCCUCCGAGAUAGAAACUUCCUGAACUCACGUCUGUAACUGGCCUAGUGGUGUGAAAAAGACAGCAAAGAUAAGUGGAUCAACGAGAAGUUUGAUCUUCUCUCUCCUCUCCUGCUUCCUGAGCAUCAUAAUCUAUAUCAGCUAAAGAAAGUUCUCUUUCUGUGAGCAAAGAGCGCAUGUGGGAAAGCUGAAAGAAGCCCUCAAAAGAAGAGCUAAUAGGAUUGAAGGCACUGGGAGGAGGGAAGGACAGCCUCCCUGUACACAUACCACAGUGUAUUUCAUAACUGUUUUUAUCUGAUAUCCUUAUUGCAAAAGGAAAGCUGUUUGUACCCUGUUUGUAAAGUUUGCCUGUUUGUUUUUGGUUUUAUUAGCUAUAUAGCAGUGUGGUGCGUAAUGUUUUCCAUAUGGUUUUAUUCUUUCUGAGAUGUUUCAAGAAGUGUCUUCUGGUUGGAAUUCAGGACUUUUGUUGUUGUUGCUGUUGGUUUGGGCUUUUUUUGAGACUUCUUUUUUAAUAGUUUCUGGCUACAAUUGUUUGCAUCGGCUUGAAUUACUUUCCUAUUCCUAGAUUUGCUCCUAGGUACAGUGAACAUUUUUUCCUAUGGAAAAUUACAUUUUAACUCUGGAGUGUUACUUUUUAACAUGCUGACACGCAUCCAUUGCCACGGGUCGUAGGCGUUGUGGUAGAAGUGCUUUGCCACCGUGCGUAGUGCUGAUCUCGUGCACAUUGCAUGGUGGCUUUUCUGGAGUGCCCUGCACCCAGCACACAGGUCACCUGUCCUCAGCAGCUGUGAGUAGCACUGAGUCAGGAGAUGUCCAGCAAAGGCCAGCAGCUGUCCUUAAAACGUGAACACAAAAAAGUCAGGGGUAAUUUGCAGUGAUGGGACAUUACAGUAAGAUCUCUCUUCUGCUUGCAAUAGAUGCUUGUUUAUCUGACCCUCUGCAGACACUGGACUUUUUCCUGGAUUUUCUUAAAGCUUAAUCAACUGAAUGGAUUGACAGUGAAUUACAAAAGCUACUAUCAGCUUAAUCAGAAAAUUUUCCCCAAAAUUCUCUCCUGCACCAUUUUCUUCGCUUCUCUGGACAGCUGUGACAGACAUCAGCCCUUAUCCCCCCUUACCAAUAGGAGAAGUGCUCCUUCACCAGCACAGGUUGGGAAGGGCCUAUCCGUAGCUCACAGAAGUCUGAAAUUUGCACAGCCAUAAAACACAGCUGCUGGAGCUGGGAGAGCCCUGAGGGCAGGCGGAAGACCAGCUGUACAACACUACGUGAUUCUAUCAAGUAACUGCAGUGGUAGGAAACAUUUCUCAGUUCAAGGAAGGCAGUCCACUUACAGGCUUUAUUCUCUCUGAAGUUUCCGAACUAAUAAGAUUUGGGUUCUUUUUAUGUUCAAGAAUCCAAGUUGUUUUGAUAUGCUGAAGCCUGCUGGAUAAUGCACAUUAUCUAUGCUGACCUCGCUAAGGUAGAUUUGUGCUUCGUUGUCAGAUCUUCCCUGUUGCGAAGGAGGAUCUCGCUACUGAGUAUGUGUACACCUCAAACACCUUCACAGUGUCAUUUUAUUCCCCUGCUUAUAACUGUUCAUUAUGUCUGUGACCCCCUACUUUUUUUAAUGAUUUCUUCCCAAAAGCCUUGAUUUUUGCCACGAGUGAGACAAUAAAGACCAACCUUUUCCUCAGCACUGCUGUGACAGCACAGUGCAGGUCAGAGUUCUGUGACCUCCAUUUCCUGAGCAGGUGAGACUUGAAGUGCAGUCCUGUAAUGGAGCAGUGCUGUAUUCUUCCACGAUGGAGUCUGCUCUCACUGCGUCUCACCAUCGGGUGUUUGACUGAAUUGCAGGAUAGUGUUUUAACACACUUUGUCUCUUAAGAAGUUAAGAAAUGGGCUUAGGAACGAUUCGUGAAUCUGUGUCUGGUUUGUGUUCUGGCCUAGGAAAUGGGUAUACUUGCUACUUUCCUACCAAGGAUUGCAAUACGAGGCUGAUGAGCAAGGAAAAAAAUACACGCUGAACUAAUUAAACUGUGGAACUGCAAAACUCAAA